CUCGGGAGGGCAGCUGCGCCCAGGCGCGCGUCACGUGCGCGCGGGUGACAGAAUCAGCAGCAGAAUCAGCAGCAGCAGCAGCAGCAGCAGAGGAGGCAGCAGAAGCGAGAGCGCUGCAGUUUCCCGGGCCUCCGCCGCAUCGAGAAGGAGGAGAAGACUCAUCCUCCUCCUCCUCCUCCUCCUCAGCAACCGGGGGCGAGUGAGCUGCGCGCGCGGGUGGGUGCCAGAGAGAGAGAAGGGAAAAAAAGGGGAGAGCCAAGCCGAGGAGCGAGCCGAGGGUGUUCCUCCACCCACCCCUCCACCCCGUCCUUUUCUGCAUCGGGCCACGCGAAAAAGGGAUUUGGCCAGGAUUGCCCUUUGGAAGGAAGGAAGGGAAAGGAGGACAGAGAGCACGUUCUCCGCACCACUAUGGCGGGGCUCCAUUGAAAACAGCAGGAGGAGGAGGCAGAGGCAAAGGAGGAGGCAGGUCUCUCGGUGCCUUCCUUGCUUCCCUGCCUUGCCUUGACUCUCCGCCCCAUCGCUGCGCUGCGUGGACUUCCUCGGCUUUGCCUCUCCUUGUGGGAAGGAAGAGAGGACUCGGGGCAUCCGAGGGAAGGAGGGAGGGGAGGGCUGGGAGAGGGGCCUUUGGCUUUGCAUUGAAGGGAGGGAGAGGAGAAGGAGAAGAAGACACAGCCCGGGCCCCUCUCCUCCUUCUCCUCCUUCUUCAUUCUGAUCCUCCUCCUGCUGCUGCUGCGCCUUUGGCGAGGCGUGUGUUGCGAACAAAGAGAAGGAAGGGAAGCUGUGGGAAGGAAAAAGAGGAGGAGGAGGAAGGCAAGGCAAGGCAGCGGGAGCCUCUGGACCGGGGACCAUGGCGGACCGCAGCCUGGAAGGCCUCUCCUUGCCGCUGGAGGUGCGAGCCCGGCUGGCCGAGCUGGAGCUGGAGCUCUCCGAAGGUGACAUCACACAGAAGGGCUAUGAAAAGAAGAGAUCAAAAUUAAUUGGGGCCUACUUGCCACAACCUCCAGCGGCGAAUGGAGCUGCCGCGGUACGGUGUAGACUGCAGCACAGUGAAGGGGCCGCGAGGAGGACGCUCCGCACUAGCAACAUUGGGGUCUGUGACAUCCGGGAAGCAGCAGCUAGAGAGCGCUCAGCACCGCACAGCACAGCGGCAAACCGGCCUCUCUUUUACUUUCGUUUUGGAGUGGAUCAAGCACUGCCACAAGAACGCCGAACCCCCGUAACGCCUUCGUCCUCCUCUCGCUAUCACCGCCGCAGGUCCUCAGGGUCACGUGAUGAGCGCUAUCGGUCAGAUGUUCACACAGAAGCAGUCCAGGCAGCUCUUGCAAAACAUAAAGAAAGGAAGAUGGCGGUCCCUAUGCCGUCCAAGAGACGUUCAUUGGUGGUGCAGACCUCAAUGGAUGCCUACACACCUCCAGAUACCUCGUCUGGUUCAGAAGAUGAAGGCUCUAUACAGGGCGAUUCACAGGGAACUCCAACCUCAAGCCAAGGGAGUAUAAAUAUGGAACACUGGAUCAGUCAAGCAAUCCAUGGCUCUACAACAUCUACAACGUCUUCAUCCUCAACACAAAGUGGUGGCAGUGGCGCCGCGCAUAGGCUAGCUGAUGUAAUGGCACAAACACAUAUAGAAAACCAUUCCGCACCUCCAGAUGUUACCACUUACACCUCGGAACAUUCAAUACAAGUAGAAAGACCACAAGGUUCAACGUCAAGGGCGGCACCAAAAUAUGGAAAUGCUGAACUUAUGGAAACUGGUGAUGGGGUUCCAGUAAGUAGCAGAGUGUCAGCAAAAAUUCAGCAACUGGUCAACACCCUAAAACGACCCAAACGACCACCGUUACGAGAGUUUUUUGUAGAUGACUUUGAAGAAUUGUUAGAAGUUCAACAGCCAGACCCAAACCAACCAAAGCCAGAGGGAGCUCAGAUGCUGGCGAUGCGUGGGGAACAACUGGGCGUGGUUACGAAUUGGCCUCCAUCUCUUGAAGCCGCUUUGCAACGAUGGGGCACCAUUUCCCCAAAAGCUCCUUGCCUAACCACUAUGGAUACCAAUGGAAAACCACUAUAUAUUCUCACUUACGGCAAACUCUGGACUCGCAGUAUGAAGGUUGCUUACAAUAUACUGCAUAAAUUGGGCACAAAGCAAGAACCUAUGGUGCGACCAGGAGACAGGGUAGCGCUAGUAUUCCCCAACAAUGACCCUGCUGCUUUUAUGGUAGCAUUUUAUGGCUGCUUACUUGCAGAAGUUGUCCCUGUUCCUAUUGAAGUGCCACUUACCAGAAAGGGGACUCCUCCUUCUGUCUGGAUUUUCAUAGAAGCCAAACCAAAUGAGAGCUCAUUUCUGAAGACUUUUCUUGCAAAAGAUGCAGGAAGCCAACAGAUAGGCUUCUUGCUUGGCAGCUGUGGUGUCACUGUGGCCUUGACUAGUGAUGCGUGCCAUAAAGGACUGCCUAAGAGCCCCACGGGGGAAAUACCACAGUUUAAAGGCUGGCCGAAACUGCUGUGGUUUGUCACGGAGUCAAAACAUCUUUCGAAACCUCCACGAGAUUGGUUUCCACAUAUCAAAGAUGCAAACAACGACACAGCUUACAUUGAGUACAAAACAUGCAAAGAUGGAAGUGUUCUCGGGGUUACGGUGACAAGAAUUGCACUGCUGACCCAUUGUCAAGCUCUUACACAAGCCUGUGGAUAUACAGAAGCUGAAACAAUUGUGAACGUGUUAGAUUUCAAGAAGGAUGUUGGCUUGUGGCAUGGGAUUCUUACGAGUGUUAUGAACAUGAUGCAUGUCAUAAGCAUCCCAUAUUCGUUAAUGAAAGUGAACCCACUUUCAUGGAUACAGAAGGUUUGCCAGUACAAAGCAAAAGUUGCCUGUGUAAAAUCCAGGGAUAUGCACUGGGCAUUAGUAGCACAUAGAGAUCAACGAGAUAUCAACCUUUCCUCGCUCCGUAUGCUAAUAGUAGCUGAUGGCGCCAAUCCAUGGUCUAUUUCUAGUUGCGACGCAUUUCUUAAUGUCUUCCAAAGCAAAGGCCUAAGACAAGAAGUCAUCUGUCCUUGUGCUAGUUCACCAGAAGCUCUCACAGUGGCUAUCAGAAGGCCAACAGAUGACAGCAACCAACCACCGGGCCGAGGGGUCCUGUCCAUGCAUGGCCUUACCUAUGGCGUCAUUAGAGUGGAUUCUGAAGAAAAGCUUUCUGUGCUAACAGUGCAAGAUGUUGGUUUGGUGAUGCCAGGAGCCAUCAUGUGUGCAGUGAAACCAGAUGGAGUGCCUCAGCUCUGUCGAACAGAUGAAGUAGGUGAACUCUGUGUAUGUGCAAUUGCUACUGGUACAUCAUACUAUGGGCUCUCUGGAAUGACCAAAAACACAUUUGAGGUGUUCCCUAUGACCAGUUCAGGCGCACCAAUAAGUGAAUACCCUUUUAUAAGAACGGGACUGCUUGGAUUUAUUGGCCCAGGUGGACUUGUAUUUGUUGUUGGCAAAAUGGAUGGCCUUAUGGUUGUUAGUGGACGAAGGCACAAUGCAGAUGACAUCGUAGCCACGGCACUGGCAGUGGAACCAAUGAAAUUUGUCUAUAGGGGAAGAAUAGCCGUGUUUUCCGUGAGUGUCCUUCAUGAUGAGAGGAUAGUAAUUGUUGCUGAACAAAGGCCAGACUCUACAGAGGAAGACAGCUUUCAGUGGAUGAGCAGAGUUCUGCAGGCUAUCGACAGUAUCCAUCAAGUGGGUGUUUAUUGUUUAGCCCUGGUCCCAGCAAACACACUCCCAAAGACCCCUCUCGGUGGAAUCCACUUAUCAGAAACUAAACAGCUUUUCCUGGAAGGAGCAUUGCAUCCUUGUAAUGUGUUGAUGUGUCCACACACCUGUGUAACAAAUCUGCCCAAACCAAGACAAAAACAGCCAGAAAUUGGCCCUGCCUCUGUGAUGGUGGGGAAUCUGGUCUCUGGAAAAAGAAUUGCUCAGGCAAGUGGCAGAGAUUUGGGACAAAUAGAAGAUAACGAUCAAGCCAGAAAGUUCCUGUUUCUCUCAGAAGUCUUACAAUGGAGGGCGCAAACAACUCCUGAUCAUGUGCUUUACACAUUACUAAAUUGUAGGGGGACAAUAGCAAAUUCUCUAACGUGUGUUCAGCUACAUAAACGAGCUGAAAAGAUAGCAGUUAUGUUGAUGGAACGGGGACAUUUACAAGACGGCGAUCACGUUGCUUUAGUCUACCCACCAGGGAUAGAUUUGAUUGCUGCGUUUUACGGGUGCUUAUACGCAGGCUGCGUGCCGAUCACGGUUCGUCCUCCACAUCCGCAGAACAUUGCGACAACGUUGCCCACAGUGAAGAUGAUUGUGGAGGUGAGUCGGUCUGCCUGUUUAAUGACAACACAAUUAAUAUGUAAAUUGUUACGAUCACGAGAAGCGGCAGCAGCUGUGGAUGUCAGAACGUGGCCUCCUAUAUUAGACACAGAUGAUUUGCCAAAGAAGCGGCCUCCUCAGAUCUACAAACCGUCUAACCCUGACAUGCUGGCUUAUCUCGAUUUCAGUGUAUCCACAACUGGAAUGCUAGCAGGGGUGAAGAUGUCUCAUUCCGCCACUAGUGCCUUCUGUCGUUCUAUUAAGCUGCAGUGUGAGCUUUAUCCUUCUAGAGAAGUUGCUAUCUGUUUGGACCCUUACUGUGGACUUGGGUUUGUCCUUUGGUGCCUCUGUAGCGUUUAUUCGGGACACCAGUCUAUUUUGAUUCCCCCCUCAGAACUGGAGACCACGCCUGCCCUCUGGCUCUUGGCUGUGAGUCAGUACAAAGUGAGAGACACUUUUUGCUCUUACUCUGUGAUGGAGCUUUGCACCAAGGGCCUCGGUUCCCAAACAGAAUCGUUGAAGGCAAGGGGACUGGACCUCUCCAGAGUGCGGACGUGUGUGGUUGUGGCAGAAGAACGGCCCCGAAUAGCUCUGACACAGUCUUUUUCAAAGCUUUUUAAAGAUCUAGGCCUACACCCCAGGGCUGUCAGCACAUCGUUUGGCUGCAGAGUUAACCUGGCUAUAUGUUUGCAGCCACACAGGCUGGGAAAACUGGCCGAGCAGGGGACAUCUGGGCCUGAUCCAACCACAGUGUAUGUUGACAUGCGGGCCCUCAGGCACGACAGGGUGCGUUUAGUAGAAAGAGGAUCGCCACAUAGUUUGCCUCUCAUGGAAUCAGGAAAGAUCCUCCCUGGUGUUCGUAUCAUUAUUGCCAAUCCAGAAACAAAGGGACCCCUGGGAGACUCUCAUCUUGGAGAGAUAUGGGUUCAUAGUGCUCAUAAUGCAAGUGGCUACUUCACUAUCUAUGGAGAUGAGUCCUUACAGUCAGAUCAUUUUAACUCAAGACUUAGUUUUGGAGACACACAAACCAUCUGGGCACGGACUGGCUACUUGGGAUUCCUCAGAAGAACAGAACUUACAGAUGCAAAUGGGGAGCGGCAUGAUGCACUUUAUGUAGUAGGUGCACUAGAUGAAGCCAUGGAAUUGCGAGGAAUGAGGUAUCACCCUAUAGAUAUCGAGACAUCUGUAAUUAGAGCACAUAAAAGCAUUACAGAAUGUGCGGUGUUCACCUGGACAAAUUUGUUGGUCGUUGUUGUGGAGCUGGAUGGAUCAGAACAAGAAGCCUUAGACCUGGUUCCUCUGGUCACCAACGUAGUCCUGGAGGAGCAUUACCUGAUUGUAGGGGUGGUGGUGGUAGUGGACGUUGGUGUAAUCCCUAUCAACUCCCGUGGAGAGAAACAACGUAUGCACCUACGAGAUGGAUUUUUGGCAGACCAACUAGAUCCCAUCUAUGUGGCCUACAACAUGUAGUCUUGUAUCUUUCAGGCUUCUAUGGACAUUACUUUAGAUGUAUAAAACAUUUUUGACAUACACUAAACAGUGUGCUGAUAAGAAAGGGACGCUCUUCAGAUUGGAACUGUUUCUAUUGGGACUCACAGAAGCGCUCAUUAUUAGCAGGACAAAAAAAUGUGAAAUGUGUUUCUUUUACCACUACAUUUUAGCACAGAAGGACUUUGGGGUACUGCCUUCAGUUUGUUGGAAAGCCCAUUAUUAGACUUUUUAAAAAAGAUUAUUUUUUGCUUAUUGGGAUGAUACUGCUUUCUAAGUAAUAUGGCUUUGUAUUUUAUGU